UGGAGGGAAGCUGCAGUCAGGGAGUUCUGUCAGUAAAUCCACCAAAACAAUCCAUCGGAGCCGGAGGAUGUCCUGGCAAUGAUAAACUCCCAGUCCUGGUUUGUUUAAGGAAAAAUGGAGAGAGCUGAUUGGGUCUGGAGAGUUCAAGCUGACGGAAGUUCACAGCAAACUGAUACUGAUGAGAGAAACACAAAUCUCCAGCCUUUUGUCAUUGUGAAAGAAGCCGAUGGGAGUCUGCAGAGCGAGCCACUGGUGACUUUGGGAGCACCGUCGCUGAUGAAUGACUACUACUCCAGUCUGCUCGACUGCAGCUGCAGGGGAACGGUUGCGUUGGCUCUGGGGUCUCGGGUUUACAUUUGGAACUCAGAAACUCGAUCUCUAGUGGGACGUUUGGAUCCAGAUCCGGGUGGAUCACGACGCAGGACUCUGUCCAUCUCGUGUCUGAGCUGGAGCAGAGACGGACGGGUCCUCUGCAUCGGGGACAGACGAGGACAGAUGCAGCUGUGGGACGUUGACUACAACCAGAACACGAGGCAGUUUCAGUCACAUCUGUCUGUGGUGACGGCAGUUUCCUGGAAACAGCAGUUACUCAGCAGCGGCUCCGCUCUCGGACACAUCCACCACCUGGACCCCCGCGCUGCUCCGGCCGUCGUGGGCUCCGCUCUGCAGAACGGCAGCGUCUGCGGCCUGCAGUGGUCACCAGGAAACCAAUGGCUGGCCAGCGGCUCCACAGAGGGACUUCUUCACGUCUGGGACAAGGACGUCGCAGGGGUGAAAAGGUCACGCCAGCCUGUCAGAACCAUGAAACAGCCCAGCGCUGUUAAGGCUUUGGGGUGGUGUCCAUGGCAGAGCCGAGUGAUCGCUACAGGAGGAGGAUGGAAAGAUGGCACAGUUAGAAUCUGGGACACACAGUCAGAGUCCUGCCUGACGUGCAUCAACACAAACUCACAGAUCUGCUCUCUUCAGUGGGCUGAMAGGAAGAAAUCUCUUGUCACCGGUCACGGUCUUCCUCAUCACCAAAUCACCAUGUGGAACUGGGAGUCCCCUGCUCUCAGCCAGAUCUGUCAGCUCACAGGUCAUUCUCAGCGAGUUCUGCAUUUGGCCAUAAACUCYGACAACACUCACAUCUUCACAGCUGGAGCGGACCAGCGCUUCUGUGUGUGGGGUCUGUAGUUUAAUCUGAGAUUAAAAACUAGUACAAACUAAAUCUGUCCCAAAUAGUUAGACGUGUGUGAAACGUGGUUUUACACUCGGCUGGCAUUCACGCUUCAUUUCAUGUACUCCGUCWUGAAGCUAACCACAGCCUGCUCAUCUUCUGCUUCAUGCAAGUUUAUUAAAAAAAAACAUACUUGAUUUAUUCUGAUAUGUAAAAUUAACAAUAAUUGGUGCUGACUCAAAGCUAAUGUGAAUUUUUU